GUUCGAGGAUCACCACGAGAACGGGUUUUUAAAACAAGGAUGUCGUGUAGCGAGUAUCGAAUCGCGAUUAUUUGAUAGUUUGGUGGAAUAAUCAGAAUAGCAGAAUGCAACUGCAGCAGUCGUUGGUAAUUCUGGGAAUCAUUUUGACAUCUUCCUUGCUGAUAUGUUGUCAAUCCACGGAAAACAAAAUUACAUUCAAGGAUGGCGUUUCCGAUCAUCAAGCAGAAAAACAAGAAGAUCUUCAAGAAGUUACGUCGCAACAAAGAGGCUUUAAUCCCGUUCAACAUGUGGAGGAUCUAUUCAAUUAUAUCGGUUUUGGAACUGGAAAAGAUGUUGAUCCAUAUUUGGCAAAGGUUAACGAACGUUGCUUAACCGGUGAUUUAGCUGAAUGCUUUAAAUCUCGUGCAAUGAAUUAUUUUUCGGAGUUUUUUGAUCACGUCGAAUAUUCUUUAAAUGAUUAUGUCCGAGUUAAGCGUAUGUCUAAUCGAAUAGUAGCGGAAGUGCAAAAUCAGCCCUACGAAUAUUCAAAUGAGCCUAGAUCCAGUGAAACAGAAUGGGAUCAAAUGGUUAACUUCAUGAAAAGGAAAACGGAAAAGUUUGUUAAAACAAUGUCUUUCGAAUUGACCAUACCUGAUACGGAGACUGGUCGCAAUGGGGCGUACGAGGCAAGAUUUUUGGAUGAAAUCGCUGAUGAGAUCGAUACACUUGAGAACAAGAAAGAUACAUUAUUUUCUCGGCAUAAAUUGAGAAAACUCUUCAUACCAAUGCUACUCGUUUUGAAGCUCUUCAAACUGAAAUUAUUACUUUUCUUGCCUCUGAUAUUGGGAUUGGUUUCGUUCAAAAAAUUCCUCGGAUUCUUGGCGAUUGUUAUACCCGGAGUAAUAGGUUUCCUCAAGCUUUAUAAACCGUAUCAGCAUGCCAGUUACAUGCCAGUUUAUAACAAAAAUGGAAUCGCUUAUCCUCACAGUCCUUACGGAGCACAUCCGGAUAUUAAUAAUGAAAAUUAUUACGGAAAUGCGGGAUCUUAUGGUCAGGAUUUGGCAUAUCGCGGUUAUCAGCAUUAUCAGUGAUAAUCUCUGCUUUAUUUAUUACAUUAUUUUUAUU